GCCAGUAUCAAAUGUGUGCAUGUUCUGUUUGAGUUUCAUAGUGAACUAAGCGGGAGUGCGUGCUACAUGUGUUAUACUGCGCUCAAAGUAACUGUUUCGUCUUUUCUAAGUUUGGUGCCAAUCCACAGUUAAAAACAAUAUGCAGCCGGACAUUAUAGAUAAGAAGCACGAUAAGCAACUGAUUGUUAAAAUGGCUGGUUAUUUAGAAAAAAAGGGCAGAAUGAGAGUUGUUGGCGUACGUCGUUGGAAAAAAAGAUGGUGUGUACUUGAAGGCAAACUAUUGUUGUAUUUUAAAACUCAAUUAGAGUACUCCCAUCAUUUGUCACCUUGCAGAGGUUCAGUCAACAUGGGCCUUGCAUUGUCUAUAACACUACGGGGUCCGUGUCAAUUGCAAAUCGUUACUAGAUCUCAAAUUAUAAUCUUAAGAACGAAAUCAAAAUCUGACCUAGAUGAAUGGUUUUCUGCUUUGAGGGACGCUAAAAAUAAUAACCUGGCUUUUAUUAAAGACCGAAAUUCGUGUUUUAUGGAAACAAACUACCGGUCAUCUUACCGAAUGCCUUUGGUGGAGCCCAACUCUAAUAACUGCAAUGUCAUAAACGAAAAUCACUUACGAUUUGGCACAUCAGCGAAACAGACUUUUGAUGGUUUAUCCUUCGAGGCAUAUAACAAGCAGAAUGAUAUUCGUUAUAUUAUGGCUCGCUCCAACAGAAAAUCGGCAGCACUGAGGAAAUCUGAAUCUGACAAUCGGAUAAGUUUUUACAGGAAGCUCCAUGGUCUCGUUCGCACCGAUACAAUAGCUGGAACGUCUCAGGUGAGCGAUAAAGAAUCUUGUCGCUCGAGAAGUUUGUCGUACGAAAGUAUUUAUUUUAAGCCACAAGAAAAGUGUAUGCCGAUCGAACCGGUGAAAUCGCAAAGCUGUAAAGAACUUAUGCCUAAAAUCGUAAGACAAAUGUCCAAAAAAUGCACGAACAACUGUGUUUCUAAAAGAAUCAGUAGAUCGGUAUCGUUUUUCGGUAAGCACCGCGAAGAUUCUGAUUCCGACGAUUAUGACUAUGUUGAAAUCGAACCAAACCACAUUGAACAAAACUAUUCAAAACCAAUGGAAAAAAAUGACAAAUCUGAACAACAACCAGAGACACCUCCUCAUUAUAAUGCUGAAAUAGACAAAGAAAUCACUUUGAUGUCAACAGACGAAGAAUAUCAUCAAGAAGCAAACGUAGAUGUAAUAUAUGUAAAUAACGAUCUUAAAAUGAAAAUGUUUACAAUGGAAUCAGAUUUAGUACUUGACUAUGGGACCGAGCAAUCAGUUGAAAACGAAGAUGAUCCGCCCCCUUUGCCAAUAAAAAAAAAACAUAAACAAAAUGUUUUAUUCGACGAGAAGCCACAAUAUAAAAUAAUAGACGGUGUUUACGUUUUUGAAAAUGGCUCUAAAGAAGUAAUCUAUGAUGUUCCUAUUCCACAUGGAAAACUUAUCGAACAUUUUCGCCGAUUAACUAUAACUUCCACGUCUUCACCGGUAAAACGUUACGUUGAUAGCACCGCGUACCACGAUUCAUUGGAACCUUCAGUUUAUGAAACGUUGCACAUGACACCAGAUUCACUAGAAGUUUCCAUGAUGUUUCCCACAUACAAGAGAUGGUCAAACGAUUCGGGCUUCAAUAAUUAUGAAGAACAAAAUUCAUUUUUGCCCGAUCAGACUAAUUUUGAAGAUUCCUUAGAACCAGUCAUAACCAUGAUACAUCAUGAUCGCAAAAUAUGGCAAAACGUGCCAAAUAUCAACUCGACCGACUACUUCCGUUGACUGUAGUAAUAUUAAGUAUUUAUAAGCAUUAGAAAAUUUAUACGUGUUAUGAUUUUUUAUUUUUUUAAUCGACUUUCCAUUUAAACAGACUCUGCUGU